AUGGAGAGAAGAGGGAAUACUAGGCAAUGGAGUUUGCUGAUUGGAUUAAUAUGCCUGCUUCUUCAGUUCUUCUUCUUCCUCUCUAACAGUGCAGAUCACAAUGGAAGAAAUUCAGAGAAAUUCAUCAGCCCGGAGUUGACGCCGGCUCCGACUGUCUAUGAGCUUAAACAGAAUCAGCAAGUGGUAAUGAGCAAUGGCAUUGUCAAUGUCACUCUGUCAACUCCAGCCGGCCUAGUCACAGGAAUAUCAUACAAUGGGAUUGACAAUUUACUACAAACCCAUAACCAAGCCGAUAAUAGGGGGUAUUGGGAUGUUGUGUGGAACAAGCCAGGAUCUACAACAAGUAUGGACAAGUUAUCAGGGACACGUUUUAAGAUCAUCAUGCAAAAUGAAUAUCAAGCGGAGCUUUCAUUUGCCAGAACAUGGAAUGUUUCCCUCACUCAAAAUGUUCCCUUAAACGUGGACAAAAGGUUUGUGAUGCUGCGUGGGAGUCCAGGUUUCUAUUCAUACACAAUACUCGAACACUUACAGGGGUGGCCUGAUCUUAAUAUUCAAGAAGCAAGGCUCGUAUUCAAGCUUCAACAGAAAAAGUUUCAUUUUAUGGCAAUGUCAGAAGAGAGACAAAGGAUAAUGCCAGCGGAGGCUGACCGGAUAACUGGUCAGGUGCUUGAUUACCCAGAAGCUGUUCUUUUAACUCAACCAACAAACCCAGACUUGAAAGGAGAGGUGGAUGACAAAUAUAUGUACUCGUGUGAAAACAAAGACAACAAAGUGCAUGGUUGGAUAAGCAAUGACCCACCAGUGGGAUUCUGGAUGAUCACACCAAGUAAUGAGUUUCGUACGGGUGGGCCCCUCAAGCAGGACCUCACUUCCCAUGUUGGCCCAACUGUACUUUCUAUGUUCGUUAGUACCCAUUACGCUGGGGAGGAUCUAGCAAUGAAACUUCGAAAUGGAGAGCCAUGGAAGAAGGUUUUGGGCCCAGUUUUUAUACAUCUUAACUCGGAUGCUUCAGCCAGUCAGAAUCCUUCUAUUCUUUGGAAUGAUGCAAAACAAAGGAUGUUCAAAGAAACGGCAAACUGGCCGUACACUUUUCCACUUUCGAAAGACUUUGUGCAUUCUGAUCAGAGAGGAACACUUAGUGGUCAAUUACUAGUCCAAGACUGGUACAUCAACAAAAAUCCUACCCCGGCAUCCUCGGCUUAUGUAGGAUUGGCACCACCAGGAAAGGCAGGAUCAUGGCAAAGAGAAAGCAAGGGAUAUCAAUUUUGGACCCAAGCAGAUACUAAUGGGAAUUUUGCAAUAAAAGGCGUCGUACCCGGAACUUAUAGCUUAUUUGCAUGGGUUCCUGGUUUUAUUGGGGAUUACAUAUACAACUCUAAUGUCACCAUUAGACCAGGAUCUAAUAUCAAACUGGGUGGGUUGGAGUAUAAACCUCCAAGAAAUGGUGCUACAAUGUGGGAGAUAGGCGUACCUGACCGCAGUGCUGCUGAGUUCUUUGUGCCCAAUCCGAGCCCUAAGUUUAAGACUCAUUCAUACAGAAUUAACAUCGACAAGUUCAGGCAAUACGGGUUAUGGGCGCGUUAUGCAGAUUUAUAUCCUCACAAUGAUCUGCAGUACACAGUUGGUGUUAGCAAUUAUAAAACAAAUUGGUUCUUUGCUCAUGUUACCAGGAGCAUAGGAAAUCGUGUAUACCGGGCAACGACAUGGCAAAUUAUAUUUGACCUUAGGAAUGUGAACAAGGCUGGAAAAUAUACUCUCCAGUUGGCUAUUGCCUCAGCAAACGAUGCAGAUUUACAAGUUCGGUUUAAUAAUCCACAAGUGGAGCCUGCUCACUUCAGAACAGGACGAAUAGGCAAGGAUAACGCGAUCGCGAGGCAUGGGAUUCAUGGGUUGUACUGGUUAUAUAGCAUUGGCGUCCCUGGCAGUCGGCUUGUGAAUGGAAGAAACACAAUCUUCCUAACACAGUCAAGCAAUGCCGGCCCGUUCCGAGGAAUCAUGUACAUCAACAAGGUAUCUGUGCCAGCAUCUUUUGCUUAUGUUGGUUUGGCAGCACCAGGAGAGGGGGAUCAUAGCAGAGAGAAAACAAGGGUUAUCAAUUCUGGACCCAAGCGGACGCCAAAUGGUCUUUCUUAA